CUGAUACAUACACUCUCUCUCUCUCUCUCUCUCUACCUAUACAUACACACUUUCUCUCUCUACAUUUCUCAUUGAUUUUAUAUGGGCAAAGCUGGAUGGGGAUUAACCCUGGACACUUCUGAACCAGUUGAAUUGUUAUCUCCACGGUGGAAUAUUCCCACGUAUUCCGGUGUUACCACCGCAUCAUCGCCGCCGACCAUGGUGGCUGAGGAUAAGAAUUCUCACCGGAAAGUGGUGAGUGAGGUCGACUUUUUCUCUGCAUGCAAGUCAAACGAUGAUCAGAUUUUUGUCAAGAAAGAGAAUUCUUCUGAUCAUCAGAUCACAGAAUUAGAUGUAAAUACAGGUUUGCAUCUGCUUACUACUAAUAGCGAUCAAUCAUCUGUGGAUGAUGGAGUUUCAUCAACGGGUGAAGAUCAACGAGCUAAGAACAAGUUGACAAUACUACAAGUUGAGCUAGAAAAAAUGAAUACAGAAAAUCAAAGGUUAAGAGGGAUGCUUUCACAAGUUAGCAACAACUACACUGCAUUACAAAUGCAUAUUGCUAAUGAAAUACAAAAGCAACAACAUUCAAGAAAACAAACUAUUCUUCAAGAUCAGAAAGUUGAUCAUCAAGGUUCGGUUUCGAGACAACCAGGUCCGACUUCUCGUGAUUCUUCCUCUGAAGAAAGAACUCAAUCGGGCUCAACGUUGAACGCACUUGAAUUAACCAAGAACGGUGAUACAAUUGGUGCUAAGAGAAUCGCUCGAGAGAAUACCCCGGAUUCAGAUGGUUGGGUAUCUAACAAGCUCCCGAAAUUGAAUCCUUCCAAGAAUACCGAGCAAGCAAAUGAAUCUACGAUGCGUAAAGCUCGUGUUUCGGUACGGGCACGUUCGGAAGCACCGAUGAUUACCGAUGGUUGUCAAUGGCGUAAAUAUGGGCAAAAGAUGGCGAAAGGGAACCCAUGUCCCCGUGCCUACUACCGUUGCACAAUGGCAGUAGGAUGUCCAGUUAGAAAGCAAGUCCAAAGAUGUGUCGAUGAUCAGACGAUUCUAAUAACCACAUACGAAGGCACUCAUAGCCACCCUCUACCACCAGCGGCACUCGCAAUGGCAUCCACCACGUCAGCCGCAGCUAGCAUGCUACUUUCGGGCUCAAUGUCAAGUGCGGAUGGUUUGAUGAACCCGAACCUAUUGGCUCGGUCAAUUCUACCAAACCCAUCAAGCAUAGCCACUAUAUCUGCAUCAGCCCCAUUCCCAACAGUUACUUUGGACCUAACCCAUAAUCCAAAUCAAUUUCAAAGAAACCCUAAUUCUACCCAAUUUCAAAGCCACAUAUCAUCACAAAAUUUACCCCCAAAUAGUGGAGAUCCCAACCUUUACAAUCAAUCAAGAUUUUCUGGUCUCCAAUUAUCUCACCAAACUACACAACUACAAAUUAACAGAGGUCAACACCAUGCAUCAUUCGCCGAUUCUCUUGGCGCCGCUACGGCGGCCAUUACGGCCGAUCCGAACUUCACCGCCGCCUUAGCGGCGGCAAUCUCCUCGAUUAUGAGUGGGAGCACCACCACAUCCACCACCGCCACUACCACCGCCAACAACAAUCACAAGGCAAGCAAUCUUCAAGGGAAUUGAAGAUUGCAUAGUUUCAAAAAAUUCUUUUCUUCUUUUGGUCACCAAUUUUUCGUAUCUAUUAAGUAUUUAAUGUUAAUUACCUCUUCUUUUUUUGGUUCUGUAAUAACAUAUACUUCUUUUCCCU